AUGAAAGUAGUGUUUUUUUUCUUUUUUGGAAUAGCAUAUAUUUUUUCUAAAGAAAUUCUUGAAAAUUCAAAUUUAUUAAAAUCAGAAAUAAAUAAAAGUCCUCAGACAAAUAACAUACAUUCAAAAUUAUUUGAAAGAAUAUCUAGAAGUUUUUUAUCAAAAAUAACAUUAACCACUAAUGAUAAAUAUAUAUAUAUAUUAGCUUUAAUCUUAGAAAAAAAUCAUAGUAAUUCAGAAUCUUGUAGGAGGAUACUUGAAGAAAAAUGCAAAGAGUUAAACAAUUCUAUUUCUGAACUAAAUAAUAUUUGCAAUGAUAUAAAUUCAUUAUGUCAAUCGAAGGCUUAUAGCCUUAUUCUUUCUGAAGUUCAGAAACUGAGUAACAGAAUUAUUUCAUUUUUAAGAAAAGAUUUACCGAAUGAAGAAUGCACUAAGUUGGAGACAGAAUGUUUUUUUUUAGAAAAUGUAUCUCUUGAUUCUAUUUUUAAAUUAUGCAAUGAAAUAAGACAAUUUUGUUACAUGAUAGGGCGCCAGAAUGUAGCGGAUUACAUUCUUUUGAAGGCAUUAUAUGGAUUUUUGGAUACAUAUGAUUCUUGCAAAUCAAAGAUCGAAGAAAUUUGCUUACUGUUAAGUGUAGAAAGCGAUGAGUUACUCUACAAGUGUUUAUUAAAAGAAACAACAUGCAUGGAUCUUGUAAAUAUUAACAAAAAUAAAUGUAUUCCCCUUAAGAGGAAAAUUGAAACUACUAAUGAUAGAAAAACUUUGAAAGCUGAUUGCCUUCAAUUAUUUUAUGAAUGUGGUAUGCAUUCUCCAAACUGCAAAGAUGUGGGUCCUACUGUCAAUUCCCAAGAAUUGUAUUUAGAAAACAAAGAAAGUUGUUCGAGUUUGAGCAUAACAGAUAUACCAAACCAUAACAGAUUUCCUUUAACUGAGCAAGGUGUUUUUUUUAAAGAGACAUUGGGUCUUUCUAAUAUCUAUGCAUAUGCAAGAUUAUAUGGUAUUAAUAUCAGUAAACGAACGACAGCGCUUAAUAUUAGCUAUUUUUUACAAUUAUUAUCUCAAGAUUUUUUAUCACAAGAUCCAUUACCAGGAAAUUUAGAGGACUCUUAUGCUUUAAAAACCAAAUGUGAAAAAAUUCUUAGAAACAACUGUUCAUCUUUUACUUAUCUAUUUUAUGAGUUUAAUUUAGAAUGUCAAAAAGUUAAUAAUAAUAAAAUUUCAGAAACAUGUAAAGAAUUAGGAAAAAAAAUGAAAGAAAAUUGUCAUAAUUUAAAAGAAACUCUCAUGAAUAAAGUCUUUAAUUAUAAUAUUAGUAUCAUGCAUUAUGCAGCAAUAUCGUAUAUUUCUUGGAAACAAUUGCAACAUGACGCACUUACAGAUCAGCAAUGUUCAAAUUUGCAAUCAGAAUGUUUUUAUUUGGAACGAAGUUGUUAUCAUGUGCUUUAUUUCUUAUGUAGUAAUUUGAGAUCUUUGUGUUACAAGAAAUCACGCGAUGCUGUAGCAAUUACUGUACUCAGUGAUACACUUGGUGAAAGUCUUUAUAAGAUAUUAAAUAAUAAGUUAAAUAAUAACUUAUUAGAUCACUGUAUUGAUUUGUUGUUAAAAAAAUAUCAGAAUAUAAAUAAAAACAAAGACUUAAUAAGAAAAAUUUUAUAUCCAAAAGAAACAUGUAUAAAAUUGAUUAAAGAUUUUAAGAACAAAUGUCUAACUACUAAGAAUAAUUUAGAAAAAAGUACAAUGAGUUUUUUGAUUGCUUCAAAGGUAAAUGUUUGUGAAACAUUAGGGCUUCAGUGCAAACAAUUAACUCAGGAUUGUUAUAUUAUUUUGAAGAAUUCAUGCGAUGCGUUUCAUAAACGUUGUAAUCUUAUAAAAGAGUCGAAUGAAUUAAUACAUUAUAUGCUUAAAAUCAAGAAUAAUCCACUAAAGGAUGAAGAUAUUUGCAAAAAGAAACUUAAAGAACUUUGUUUAUCAAGAAAUUUAAAUGAUAAACUAACUACUAAUAUUUGUAAUAAUAAAGCAUGGGCAUGCAGGAUCAUGGUAAUGUAUACUUAUAAUCAUUGUCUUCAUUUUGGGAACAAUUUAGAAAAAUGUAAGAUUCUUCUUCUUUCAAAUGAAGAUAAAAUAACUAAAGACGAAUGCACUAUAUGGGAGACUUAUUGUAUUAUGCUUAGAGGAAACUGUCCUAGUAUUCUUGAUAAAAAGUGUAGUACACUUAGAAAUAGUUGUUCUCGCUUUAGUCAAAUAUCAGAGCCUACUUCUGUAUCUAUGUCUACACAAUCUUCUUCAAGUUCAAUAUCAGACUCAAAACCUACUUCUGUACCUACAACUUUAGAAUCUUCUUCGACAUCUGUAUUAGAUUUAGAACCUACAGCUUCAGAAUCUUCGACAUCUGUAUUAGAUUUAGAACCUACAGCUUCAGAAUCUUCGACAUCUGCAUCAGAUUUAGAACCUACAUUGGAUUCAAAGUCCACAUCAUCCAUGAUAAGCAAACCUACUACCACAACUAGAUCAAAGGAUGAUGAUAAAGUUAUUGGUAAUCAUGGAACACGAUUGAAUGGAUUUCAAAAAAAAUUAUUUUGUUUCAUUAUAUUUGUAAUAAUAAGAAUAUUGCCCAUUAUUUAA